AUGAAUCUGAAGGAGAGUUUCGUGGACGGUAUGUUUGGCCGCGUCAAGCCCGACAUGUCCUGGAGUACAAUGAAGAAGGUGAAUAAACAGUUAUGGUUUUGGACGCUAGCCUGCGUAGAAGUCAAGCGACCUACCAAACUGGCGUUUAGGGUGAGAGAUGAUGUUGUCGCCGUGAAUCUGUCUAAACUGCGGGAAUCUGAUAGCCAAUCAACAUCUACCAUCCGAACACGCAAGCGAAAGAUGCCUAAGAAUACUAACGACGACGUAGCCGAGCCACCUAUGAAACGCACACGGUCCAUUUACAAGUUCGGUACUACGUCGGCUCAAGAACGGUCAGACCGGUCGAUAUAUCUGACAAACAACGAGGUGCAGAUGACAAAGUACCAGCUGCACAUGUUCUCUCACGGCGUGCGCGACUGUGUCUGGCUUCUCGCUGGAUGGUCUUACCAUUCACCUAUGCCGCAGUAUCCUUUCCUGGUCCUCGCUGCGUUGGCCUCGGCUGACCUGUCCUGCACAGGUAUCUCCCCAUUCGUGAGGUUCACUUCGACAACCUUCAGCAGCUUUUCCACUGCACAAUUUGAGGUGCCGCUGGGUGCAACUUAUGAGGGCGAUGGAGUGGAGAAGAAGACUACUGAACGAGGGACGACCAUUGUUCCUCUCAAAACCAAAGGCGAGACACUCAAGCUGUUCGGACGUGAUGCUGUCAUUGCCAAAUUGGCGUGGGCACAGACCAGUCGCACAGAAGAAGGCAAGAUCAUUCAAACAGCUUGA